CCCAAAUCAUCACACCAUCUUCGUCAAUCCUUCUUAAACCCUAAAAUUUCCAAAUCAAUCUUGAGUUCAUCGAUACCCGAUCGUGCUCAAUCAUAGUUUCAACUGGUUGUUUGUUUACAAGCUGAAUUUAUCCCUUUGCCCCAUGCAACCGAUGGAUUCCAAUCAUGAUGCUCUUUUGGGAUAUACAUUCACAGUUUCCUAUGAUCAAGUUUACUACGAUGAAGGUUAUACCGGCGAUGAUGAUGAUGGUGUUGACGUGGAUGAAGACGCCGAUGAUUCCAAUGUUCUGAUCAACCGCGUCAAUUGUACUAGUGAGAAAAGUUAUGUUAUACUGAAAGAAGAUGAUCUGCUUCAGCGUCAAGAGGAAGAUAUCACUAAGGUGUCCACCGUUCUAUCAAUUCCUAGAGCUUCAGCGUGCAUGCUGUUGCUGUGCUAUAAUUGGAGUGUUAGCAAUCUUCACGAAGCUUGGUUUGAGGACGAAGCUAAAGUUCGCAGGUCUGUUGGUUUGUUGGACGUUGAUCCAGUUGUUAAAUUCCCUCAAACAGCUGAUGAAAUCGUUGAUUGUGGGAUAUGUUUUGAAUCGAUCGGCAAACAUGAGACUGCUACUUGUGGUUGUGAUCAUUUUUUCUGUAAGACGUGUUGGAAGGCUUAUGUUUGUACCUCUAUUGAUGAUGGUCCUGGAUGCUUGAUUCUAAGGUGUCCUGAUCCUUCUUGUAGUGCUGCUGUUGGUUCGGAUAUGGUCAACGUUUUGGCUCCGGCAAAGGAGAAGAAAAGGUAUGAGCUCUUUCUUCUUAGGUCUUAUGUUGAAAGCAAUAAGAAGAUUAAGUGGUGUCCUGGUCCAGGAUGCGAUUUUUCUGUCGAAUUUGAUGAUGAUUUUGAAACUGGUAGUUAUGAUGUUUCUUGUGCUUGUAAGUAUGGUUUUUGUUGGAAAUGUAUGGAGGAUGCUCAUCGUCCUCUAGGUUGCGAAACCGUGGCUAAAUGGGUACUGAAAAACACCACAGAAGCUGAAAACACAAACUGGAUUCUUGCUUACACAAAACCUUGUCCAAAAUGCAAACGAUCGAUCGAGAAAAACCAUGGUUGUAUGCAUAUGACUUGCAGACCGCCUUGCGGCUAUGAGUUCUGUUGGUUGUGCCUUGGCCCGUAUGUAGGACAUGAUGGGAGAGCUUGUAAUCGUUAUACGAAAUCCCAAGAAGGGGGAGAAGUUCCUGAAGCCGAAAGGCAAAGAGAGAUGGCUAAAAAAGCGAUACAGAGAUACACACAUUACUAUGAACGAUGGGCUGCAAACGAGAAAUCAAGAAAACAAGCCCUCUUAGAUUUGCAGAAGAUCGAAACUGUUCAUCUCAAGACCCUUAGUUUGAAUUACUGCCAACCUGAAACACAAUUGCAGUUCAUUGUCGAUGCUUGGCUACAGAUAGUUGAAUGUAGGCGAGUUCUGAAAUGGACAUACGCAUAUGGGUACUACAUACCCAAAAAAGAAGAGGCCAAAAGAUUGUUUUUUGAGUAUGUGCAGGGUGAAGCAGAGGCUGGAUUAGAAAGGCUUCAUCUUUGUGCAGAAAAGGAACUACAGACGUACAUUAUAAGUGAAGAAGAAGAAGCCACUGAGGAUCAAUUCAAUGGUUUCAGGGUGAAGUUAGCCGGUUUGACCAGUGUGACUCGUUCUUAUUUUGAGAACUUGGUGAGAGCACUAGAGAAUGGUCUUUCGGAGGUGGAUUCUCACAGCAGUGCCUUGGACAAGGGUGGUGCAGCCGCUGAUUCUAGUAGCAAAGUAAGAGGGCGAGCACGGUGUAGUCAGGGUGGUGAAUCAUCAAGCCUAGCAACUGAUAGUGCAAAGAGAAUGAGGAUUAUGAUGAGGCUAGCCAUGGAUGAUGCACAGAGGAAUGGGACUCGGGUGGCUGGUGAAUCAUCGAGCCGUGAUCCGUUGGAUGACCAAGAUAGAUGAUGAACUUCAUAACCGAAUCAUAUGCACAGGGUAUUUGGUACAGUUUUUUCUUAAAACUGCAUAAACCUUUUCUUAUAUAGUUUUACUCCUAAAUUAUAACUUCUAUUUUGUGGACAACCCAAACGUUCUUGUAUGUUUCUAUGCUAUGAUUCUUGUUGUUAUAGGAAAAUAUUAUCUUAUAUUUAGACAUCAAGUAAAUACAUACCAAA